UGAAAGGAAUGUGGGAUAAACAGCAUUCCAGUUAAAAAAAAACACAACUUCCUUCCGUUUUGUUUUGGUAGUUAAAGGAUUAAAAGUGUUGCACGGUUCAAAGCAGCAUUGAACGAACUUUAAACGAAAUCAAGCUACAUGGAUAGGAAAAGACUUCGAGAUGUUUAUGAGAGGGAAGAUGCAUGAAAUACAACCCCAUCAGGACAACGGUCCUAUGGAGUGCUGAGUAAUAUCUGCGAUUGUGAAAUCAGUUUCCAGGAACUAGACGGAGAACAAAAUGAUCCGCGAUGGACACAACAACUAAAACAACCACAACACCUCCUGUUCAACAGAUGCUGAUCCAGUACUGUUUAAGUUUGUCGAAGUCCAGAGGCACUUCCGCUCGUUUUUACAUUCUUUUGAACUCACAUAAAGACCAAAUUGGUAUUUUUUUCCUCUAAGAAGUAAAACAAUGGUUUUUAACAACAAAUAGUCAAAUCUUUGUUUUGAAUGGGAGAAACGUGACUGUGUAGUGGGAGGAGUUAAAAGUGAGUGACUCCAGCUGCUCAUUACACCUCAGAUCAGAACAAUCAGGCAGCACACUGAGACUUGGAUCAACGUUAAGGAUGAAAACAUGACCACACAUUUCUUCUGAUUCCUCCUGACCCUGUUUUGUUAACUCUGAAUCACAUUCGGCACCUUUUCUUGACAAUGAAAGCAGUCCAUGCAGAGGACUUCAGACCCGCAGCGACUUUUUCUUUCUGCAACUUUUCCUCGAGUUUGGAGGAGUUGAGAUGAGGAGCAGAGCCUGAAGCUGUUUCCACUGAGCAAACGAGGAGUGGAGAGCUGAUGGUGGUCGUCAUGUCUCUGUGGAUGAUCCUUCCUGUCAGCCUGCCCGUCUUCACCAUCACUGGAAUAUGGGUCGUAUAUGCGAUGGCCCUGUACAACCAGCACGUCUGUCCUGUUCAUAACUGGCUUUAUAAUGAGUCGUGUGAGGAGCCACUGCCCUUACAGAGGGGUCCUGUUCUCUGCUGCACGCUGGACAACGUCCCGCUCAUCAGUAAAUGUGGGACCCUCCCUCCUGAAAGCUGCUUCUUCAGCCUCAUCUGCAGCACUGGAUCCUUCAUGGUGAUGCUGAUCGGUCUGCUGCGUUACGCUCAUGUCAUUGAGAAACAUCAGAACUGUGUCCUGAACACGGCUGGUCUCUCCACCUCAUGGAUCUGUGCUGCUGGACUCAUCAUGGUGGGGAACUUCCAGGUGGAUUUUGCCAAAGUCCUCCACUACGUCGGAGCAGGAGUGGCGUUCCCGUCCAGCAUGCUGUUUGUGUGUCUACAGUCGGCUCUGACCUACAGACUGGCAAAGACGCAGGACGAGUACCGGAUCGGACAUCUCCGAAUGAUGAUGGCUCUGCUGGCUCUGAUCGCUCUGGUGCUCAGCGGCGUUUUCUUCUGCCAGCAGAGCUUCGUCCUGCAGCACGCCUCCGCCAUCUUUGAGUGGAUCUAUUGCAUGCUCAUCAUGAUAUUCUAUGGGACUUUUGCCUUCGAGUUCGGCGGCAUGUCAGGGGACACGCUCAUGGUCCUGUCAAGAGGAGGAGGAGUCGGAGUGGGAGGGGGGAUGAUGAGCUUCUCUACAUCUGGACAGAAAUCAGAGGUGGGCUCCAACCUCCGUCAGCCGGAGAACUUAUCGAUCCUGUAAACAAAUGGUGGGAUGUUUUAUGAAACCUGGAAGACACUCAGACUGAAUCAAAAGGCUGGAAGCUGCAGCCUGAAAAUCGACACGCUCACUGCUGCACACGGCCAUGAGAAGAGACCAAAGACUGAAACUUCACAGACUUUAUCUCGCUUUGCACAAGAUUUGAAGUGCCUUUCUGCACCCAUACUCCAGCAGAGUCAUCCACACAGCCUUCACUGUUUGUUUGAACUCUGAUAAAACAAUCACUCAGCUGAAGUCGCCUUUUGUCCCGUCUUAAAGCUCCUUGGUUUGUUUUUAUGUUUGGAUGUUCAGACUCUGAGCUCUGUAUUGUUUUACUCUCAGGAAGUUUUGUUACAUAAUCGGCUCCACGAUUGGUGAAGUUUAUGAAAAACUUUCAACAAUCCAUGAAAAGUUACUGUGUGCCAAGAAUAAUGCCUUCAUUUAAUGUGCUUGAAUUGUGUUUUUUUGUAUUUGUUGCCUGAAAUAAUGGGAGUUUUAAAUGUUGUAAGUAAUCAAAGUAUUCCCUGGUAAUGUAUGCCAAAGUAUCUGCUAACAACACUCUGAUAAGCUCUGUUGUAUAUUUUGAUAUAUCCUGACUCAGCUGUGCCAAAACAAGCUCAUAUCACUGCCUCUGUACCAGCCAGUGUCUACUGUUUCAACGGGACCAGACUAUCCAGUAAGAAGCUGCAAUGCUGUAUUUUAUCAUAUACAGAGGGAAUUUUACAAUAAAAUAAAGUUUUUAUAUUGUAAGCAAAGAACCAAAGAAUUAAAGUAAAAAGUACAUUCCUA